AAUAAACCUCUCCUUCCUCGCAGCUUCGUCGUGUAUGAGAAGCUAGCUUCUUGACUCUUUGACCACUUGUACUCCUCUGCCAUUAACUUCUUCUCUUCCUAAUUCCCCAUUCUCUAUCUCCGAUCGAAACCAACCCAAUUCGAUCGGAAUUAACCACCAGAGAAUGGAGCCAAAUCUUCAUGACCAGCAACAACAACAACAACGAGUCCACGGCGUAGUCGUAAUCACUCUCCCACCAUCCAAUGACCCUUCACAAGGCAAAACUAUCUCUGCUUUCACCCUCACUGAUCACGAUUACCCAAUAGGGAUCCCACCCGAGGAAGACCUAAACCCGAGUUUUCAACCCGACCCACAUCACCACAACCCGCAAUUUCAACUCUGGUUCUCGGAUCUCUCCAUGAAUUCUCCGAGAUUAGUUCUGAGUCUUCUCGCUAUCUCGCUUAUCGCGAUUGCUCUGUACGGCUCUGUUUUCUCCAACUCUGUUACCAUGUUUAGGGUUUCUGAUGAGAGGAACCGUGACGACGAUAACAGCGACCGCGAAACGACGUCGUUUGUUUUCCCUGUGUUUCACAAAUUGAGGGCUCGAGAGUUCCAUGACCGGAUCUUAGCGGAAGAUUUGGGUGUAGUAGAGAAUCGAAUCUUUGUGGAACCAAUGGAUUUAGAGCUGGUCAACCCUGUGAAAGUCAACAGUGUUUUAUCUACAACCGCUGGUUCUAUCGACUCAUCCUCCUCCACUACGAUGUUCCCCGUCGGUGGUAACGUGUAUCCUGAUGGGCUGUAUUAUACACGGGUUCUUGUUGGGAAGCCUGAAGAUGGACACUACUAUCAUCUUGAUAUUGAUACUGGAAGUGACUUGACUUGGAUCCAGUGUGACGCGCCUUGCACUAGUUGUGCGAAGGGAGCUAAUCAACUAUAUAAGCCAAAAAACGAUAACUUGGUUCGAUCUUCGGAGCCCUUAUGCGUAGAAGUCCAAAGGAAUCAAAUGAAAGAACAUUUUGAGAGUUUACAACAGUGUGACUACGAGAUUGAAUACGCUGAUCAUAGCUAUUCCAUGGGAGUUCUCACCAAAGAUAGGUUUCAUCUCAAACUCCACAACGGAUCACUAGCCGAGUCAGAUAUAGUUUUCGGGUGCGGAUAUGAUCAGCAAGGGCUACUGUUGAACACUCUGCUAAAGACAGACGGGAUUCUCGGUUUAAGCAGAGCUAAAAUUAGCUUACCUUCUCAACUUGCAAGCCGAGGUAUUAUUAGCAAUGUGGUUGGCCAUUGCCUUGCCUCUGAUUUAAACGGUGAAGGAUAUAUUUUCAUGGGAAGUGAUUUGGUUCCAUCACAUGGAAUCACAUGGGUUCCUAUGCUUCACCAUUCCCGUUUGGAAGUUUAUCAGAUGCAAGUUACAAAGAUGAGCUACGGGAACGCUAUGCUUAGCUUAGAUGGGGAAAACGGAAGAGUAGGGAAAGCCUUGUUUGAUACAGGAAGUUCCUAUACGUACUUCCCUAACCAGGCUUACACCCAAUUGGUCACAUCACUUCAAGAAGUUUCUGGUUUAGAAUUAAUACGCGAUGAUUCAGACAAAACGCUGCCUAUCUGCUGGAGAGCUAAAACUAACUUCCCCAUUAGUUCCUUGUCAGAUGUUAAGAAGUUCUUCAGACCAAUAACUCUGCAAAUAGGGAGCAAAUGGUUGAUCAUAUCAAGAAAACUUUUGAUUCAACCCGAGGAUUACUUGAUCAUCAGCGACAAAGGAAAUGUUUGUCUGGGGAUAUUAGAUGGAAGCAGUGUUCAUGAUGGUUCCACCAUUAUUAUUGGAGAUAUAUCGAUGCGAGGACACUUGAUCGUCUAUGACAAUGUGAAACAGAGGAUCGGAUGGAUGAAAUCAGAUUGCGUUCGGCCUCGUGAGUUUGAUCACAUAUUGUGAUUCACAAAAGUACCUUUCUGUCAAGGCUGAAUGAUCCACAAUUCUUAAACGUAGAGGAUCAUAAUGUUAAUGAUACAAUUUACAGAGCAACUCGAGUCAAGCCUUUUACACCAAGGACUAGUUUAAUAUCAUUAGAAAAUGGCCAAAACCAAAAUGUCUUGCUCCAUCAGUGAAGAAUAAGCAGCCGGCAGUCUUCAUCCAGAACUUGUACAAACGAAAUUACUAGCUAACCUAGAGUGAGAACAGGUUUAGCUAAUUUGAUUUUGGAGGCCAAGCCAAAUUCAUGUACUGUACAAGAGUCUUGCUAUCACUUUGUUGGCGUAGCUAUUUUGUUCUUUUCCGGUUACCAAUGUCUUAAUAUUGUUACUUUGUAGUUGGGAACAAACUAAUGUCUUAUUCUACAAUAUUGUGUUUUCAUAAAACAAGGAGUCACAUUGAAUAGAUUUUUAAAUUAUAGUA